AUGAGCGCCUCCCGCGUGAGCCUUGGCCUGCUGUUGUGCGUGGCGACGCUCCUCGCCGCGCUGCAGUCCUCACCCGCCAGCGCCAAGCGGCUGGAGCAGGUUUCCUUCGAGAAGCCGUUCGACAACAUCGACGGCGAGGGUCUGCGCCAGAUCAGCGACAACUUCGUGUACGGCGGCGACACGGCCGUGAACCGCCACUUCGCGCGUCUGACGCCCGACCGCCAGAGCAAGCGCGGCCACAUCUGGGGCAAGCAGAAGCUGGCGGCCAAGGAGUUCGCCGCCGUGUUCACGUUCCGCAUCAGCGGCCAGGCCAAGACCUGGUUCGGCGACGGUCUGGCGCUCUGGCUCACGACCAGCCAGUAUGUGCAGGGCGACAACCACGGCUUCAUUGGAGAGUUCAAGGGCGUCGGCGUCGUGUUCGACACGUUCGUAAACCAGGAGCACAGCGGCGGUCACCAGGACGUGACGUUCUUUGAGAACGACGGCACCAAGACGCUCGACCACCUCAACGACAUGGACAAGGUCGGCUGCAUGGCUCCGGGCAUUCGCUACCACGAGAAGAACGCGGCCUUCAGCCCGUCGCUCAACAUGUCGCGCGCCAAGCUGACGUACACGCAGGCGGACCAGCAGUUCACGAUCCUUAUUGACGCCGAUGCCUCGGGCAACUGGGUCAAGUGCUACAGCCAGCGUCUGACCAUCGGCGACGACUGGAUGAACGACGCGUACGUUGGCAUCUCGGCCUCUACUGGUGGCCUGGCUGACAACCACGACGUUAUCGCGCUCAACGUCUACGAUGAUGUCAUCGACUCGCUCGCAGCCCAGGCAGAUGAGAAGCAGCGAAAUGCCGUGGACAAGAACCUCGAGGCUACCCUGAGCAAGGGCAACAACGACGACAAGAUGAAGUUGGUCAAGCGGAAGUAUGCUCAGUUGCUCGAGGAUUUCGAGUACCAGUUUACGGCGCUGAAGGAGUCUACCGAAAACACGAUCCAGAAGCUGAAGCAGCAGGGUGUCGAGGACGAAAAGCGUAUUGCCGAGCUCGAGGCUUGGGCCAAUGGAAAGGUGGUCGAGCGUGUGCACACCACCGUGAACGCCAUUCGCGACCAGGUGGAGACCCAGCUUGAAGAGACCGUGAAGGAAACGGCAGCCAAGUCCAGUAGCUGGAAGACCCCGUUCUUUAUCAUUCUGUUCAUUGUCGCCGGCAUUGUGGCCGCUGGCUACAAGAAGUACCAGGACCUGCGCAAGACGCACUUCCUGUAA